AUGAGCUCGAACCCUCCUCAGUCGGGCAACCAAGGACAAAGCACCGCUACUCCCGCCGCUUCGACCCAGCCCGCAUCCUCUACCCCCCUGGCUGCCCCCCAGGCGCCAGCCAGAUCUUACGCCAACGCCACUAAGAAGUCCGCGACGGACUCUACCGCCGCACCCGUCACCGUGGGCGGUUCAGCGCAACAUGGGCAGUCGAGCUCCGUAUCUGUGAACGGCAAACCCAUGCAAAAUCAAUCUCAGCAGUCUGCCUCUUCUGGCGUGACCAUUGUCAAUGGAGCUCCCACUGCUUCGGCUGCUUCCUCCGGCGAUCACUCUCGCAAGCCAUCUGUGACCAUCACCUCGAGCGGUACCUCCGGCUACAUUCCCAACGGCGGUGGCCCGGCCAGUCGGCCCAACAGUCUUCAGUUCGGAUUCCAGCAGAGUUCUCCCAACAUGGGUGCUCCCGCUGUGCCUGCCUCCAACCAGGCCCAGGCUGGACUUGGUGCUCCUUCGACAAACCCCCGGGUGACGUCUCCUCAGACCUCUCCCUCGCCUAUUCCUCAGCCCGCGUCUAGCGGCGGCCGUCCACCUCCAUCGACUUACCAGGCGCAAGGAAAUGUGCCGAACUUUGGUAGCUUUGGAGAAUCUGUUGAUGCCAACGCUUCUCUUGCACACGGUGCCCAGCACCUGCGUCGCGAGUCCUCCCAAUCCACCCACAGCGAUAUGAGCAACCACAUGGGCAACGGCCCCGGACGUUCAAGCUACCAGGGUGGUCGCGGUCGCGGAUACUCCCAGCCCGGCUACCAGGGACAGCAGAUGCCCUACUCUCCUAACCCCGGUUUCCGCCAGACCCCCAACCAGCCCCGAGGCGGUCCUAACAUGGGUCCCCAGUUUCACGGCUCGAACCAGGGCCGUCCUUUGGCUCCCUACCCGAACUCGCCUCACCAGGCCAACCGCAGCCCUGCCCUGGCCAACGUUAACCCUACCACUCCUCAAAUGAACCAGGUUCCGAUGGCACACCCCCAGAUGCCUCAGCAACCUUACGGUUACGGUCAACACAUGGGCCCCCAAGCUUCAUUCCCCAACGCCUACGAUCCCAACUACGCUGGUUACUACAACCCGAAUGGUGGUUACUACAUGGGACCACCGUCGCCCCAGCCCCGUACUGCUGGCAUGCCCUACAACCCUCAGUACAUGGGACAGCAAUUCCCCAACCCCAUGCCUCAGGCGACCCCACUUUCGCGUACUCCCUCUCAGGUAUCUACUGAUCGUCCAGGUUCGAGCCUCGGCCAAGGACCGGCACCCACUGGUCCUGCUGUCCCAGGUCACACCCACACUGGCAGCCGCGCCUCCAACAGCCCCGCUCCCAAGCCACACUUCAUCAUUCCCUCAGCCAAGAAGAGUCCAAUCAUCAUCAAGGACCCCAACAGCGGCUCAGUCAAGACCUUCGAAAAGAAUCCCGCAUCCCCUGCUCGUGCCACCCCUUCGCCCGUGAAGUUUACUCCUCCUCCCACAUCCACUCCUCCCCCUCGCACUGCCAGCGCGUCUGAGCACACUCGUACCGAGAGCAAGGCGAAUGCCACAAAGACCGAUGAGGAGAAGAAGCAGGAGCUGAAGGACGCCGUUCGCCUGAAGAUCCAGCAGGAUGAGGCUGCUCAGAAGCAGCGUCUGGCUGAUGAGGCCUCUCGCAAGACCACUGAAGCCGCGUCCACCGAUGCCAAGAAGGAUGAUACUGAGUCAGCCCGCGCUGCCAUUGAAGAUCUCAGCAUCAAGGAUAAGGCCGCUCCCGUUGAGGAGCCCAAGAAGACCGAUGCUGCUGAAGAAUCGAAGGAAGCUGCUGCCCCUGCCGAAGAGCCCAAGAAGGCUCCUGCUCCAGCUGCCGCUCCCGCGGAUGACGAUGAAAUCGACUUUGAUGCCAUCGAGCGUGAAAUGGCCGAGAUUGAGGCUAAGGAGCGCGCCGCCGAGGAAGACUACAACCGUGCAAAGCAAGCCAAGAAGGAAGAAGCCGCACGCAAGGAGCGCGAGGAACUUGAGAACUACGAGGCCAACAUGAAGAAGGCCGAGGCUGAGGCUGAGGCCCGCGAGAUUGCCCGCGAGAACGCCGCUAGUGUUGGUGAAGCGGCCGCCCAGGACGACAGCAAGGAUGCCUUUGCCUCGCUCAAGAAGGGUGGAUACACUGCCACUGAGUCUUCCACACCUGGUGACAGCGGUGCUGCUACUCCUGUUUCGUCUGACAUGGGCCCACCAGCCAAGCCUGCCAGCGCUGUUCCCAAGAAGCCCGCUGGCCUCAAGCUUGAUACCCCCAAGCCCACUGAGCCCCUGCAAGCAACCGCCGGCAUGAAGUCUUUGCAGAAUGCCAAGUUCUUGGAAGACCUCAGCAAGAUCACUUACCCCUCGUCCAUCACCCCUCCCGACGCCGCUAUGAACGCCGCUGCGCCUGAAGGCCGCAAGUUCCACUACGACCGGGACUUCCUGCUGCAAUUCCAGGCCGCAUUCAAGGACAAGAUCUCCGUCGACUGGGACUCCCGUCUGCGGGACACAGUUGGUGACGCCACCGACUCUUCCCGUCCCCAGUCUGCCCGCACCCCUAGCAUGGGUGGUAGCCGUAAUCCCUCUCGCGGCCCCAUGACUCCAGGAGGAGCCUUCCCCGCCAUGGGCAGCUUCAAUACAGGCCGACCUGGUCAGAUGCCCCCUAUGGGCAGCGGACCGAUGGGCGGCCGCAAUGCAUCCUUCGGAUUCCCACGAGGCGGGCCUGGUGGCAUGGGUCCUAUGGGCAACAUUCGCCAAAACUCUGCCGGUGUUCCUCCUCGUGGCAACUCGAGCAAGGGUCCCCGCACCGACAGCCGACCGAAGAAGCACGGUGGCCGACAGGACGAGGCACAAAACAAGUCGAUGCCUCUUACCGCUGGCAUGGAUUUGAAGGCAAUUCAAACCACCGCGACUGGCUGGAAGCCUCGCAGUAUUGGUCAAGGCGCUGGUGCUGGUCCCGCCCCUGGUGGUGAGGGCUACUUGGCACCGGAUGUCGUGCAGCGCAAGGUCAAGGCUGCUCUUAACAAGAUGACCCCGGAGAACUUCGACCGUAUCUCUGGUCAGAUCCUCGCGAUUGUCUCCCAGUCCAAGGACGAGUCCGACGGCCGUACCCUGCGCCAGGUCAUCCAACUCACAUUCGAGAAGGCUACUGAUGAGGCUCACUGGGCCCCCAUGUACGCCAAGUUCUGUAAGAGCAUGCUGGAGAGCAUGAGCCCAGAAAUUAAGGAUGAGAACAUUCGUGACAGAAAUGGCACCGUUGUUGCUGGUGGAAGUCUGUUCCGCAAGUACCUGCUUAACCGCUGCCAAGAAGAGUUCGAGCGUGGCUGGAAAACUAACCUGCCUGAUAAGCCCGAGGGCACUACUGAAGAGGUUGCAAUGAUGUCCGAAGAAUACUACAUCGCUGCCGCCGCUAAGCGUCGUGGUCUUGGUCUCGUCAAGUUCAUUGGUGAACUUUACAAGCUUGGCAUGCUUACAGAGCGUAUCAUGCACGAGUGUGUUAAGAAGCUUGUGGACUACGAGGGUAUUCCCGAUGAAGCCGAGGUCGAGAGUUUGACCAGUCUGCUGCGCACCAUCGGUGCCAGCCUCGAUGCCUCUGAGAAGGGACCUGCCAUGAUGGACGCCUACUUUGCUCGCAUUCACCUCAUGGUUGAGACCCCCAACUUGCCCAGCCGUCUUCGUUUCAUGCUUCUGGAUAUUAUUGAUCUGCGUACCGCACGCUGGAACUCCAAGGAUGCCGAUAAGGGUCCUCAGACCAUUGUUGAGAUUCGCGAGGCUGCUGCCCGUGCCGCACAAGCCGCUGAAGCUGAGCGCCAGCGCCAGUCCAGCAACCGUGGAGGCGGUGGCCGCAUCCCCAUGGGUCGCGGUGACGCCCGCGGCUUCGGAUACGGAAACCAGGCCCCUCCCCCCGAUUACGCCUCCAGCAAGGUUGGCAGCGACGAUCUCCGCCGCCUGCGUGCGACUCGCAACACUAACCAGCCCAUGUCAUUCGGUCCGUCCAGCCUUCUCGGUUCGCGCACCAACAGCGGCCGCAAGAACCUCGGUCCCGGCGGUAGCCUAGUCCGUGGUAGCGACGACAGCGCCGCCAGCAGCCGCACCGGCACUCCUACCGGCAGCAAGAAGGAAGACAACUCUUCUAUGAAUGCUUUCAGCGCGCUUGCUGCCCUUGAAGAUCGGGAUAACAUGGCCACCUCGCCACCGUCAAACCCCACUUCCCCAAUGCUCACCAAGUCGCAGCCCGCGGCCGCGGAGCGUCGUCCCUCAAAAACCCCGUCUGUCAAGGACGGCGAAUCCACAGCAUAG